CCUGCCUGUCUCCCAGUCAACAGCAGGAGCUGGGCUGGGAGCUGCUGGCCUGUAUUUCAGCAUCUUUGGGAGGUGGAGACGUGGCAAAGGCUGUAGCAGGCAGUGACAGGGACCCGAAAAGAGGCUGCCACAGGCGCAGGACUCAUGGAUGGGGACAUAGCGACUGGAAAGAUGGCGUCCCCUGUCUGUGCUAUGGCGCCCUUGGACAGCAUGGAAGUCCUUGACCUCCUGUUUGAUCGGCAGGAUGGCAUCCUGAGAAACAUGGAGCUGGCCGAGGGCUGGAUCCUCGCCAGAGAGGAGCAGAAAGUUCUACUAAAUUCUGACUCUGAUGAAUUCCUAAAUUGCAUUCUGGGACCUGGAGACUCUGAUCCCAGCUCCCCAUUAUGGUCCCCCGCUGAUAGUGACAGUGGCAUCUCUGAGGAUCUACCUUCAGACCCCCAGGACACCCCUCCUCGUAGUGGCACCGAACCAGCCAACACGGUAGCCAGGUGUCACACCAGUGAGCAAGGCAAGGGGCCCUGCCCCUCCUAUCUGCCCAGCACCCCAUGCCCUGAGCCUCCAAGGACACAAGUCCAGGAGUCCUCAGUGGCCAUUGACCUGGACAUGUGGAGCACAGACACCCUGUACCUGGAGGAGCCGACUGGCUCGCCCUCCCGCUUCAACCUCACUGUGAAGGAACUGCUGCUGUCCGGUGGCAGCGGGGACUUGCAACAGCAUUCCUUGGCUGCCUCCCAGCUGCUGGGACCUGGGAGUGGGCACUGCCAGGAGCUGGUGCUGACAGAGGAUGAGAAGAAGCUGCUGGCUAAAGAGGGGGUGACCCUACCCACCCAGCUGCCUCUCACCAAGUAUGAGGAACGAGUGUUGAAAAAAAUCCGCAGAAAGAUCCGGAACAAGCAGUCGGCUCAAGAAAGCAGGAAGAAGAAAAAAGAAUACAUUGAUGGUCUGGAGAACCGGAUGUCAGCAUGUACUGCCCAGAACCAGGAGCUGCAGAGGAAGGUUUUGCAUUUAGAAAAGCAAAAUUUGUCUCUUCUGGAGCAGCUGAAACACCUGCAGGCACUUGUGGUCCAGUCAACCAGCAAGCCAGCCCAUGCAGGCACCUGCAUAGCGGUCCUUCUGCUGUCCUUCGCCCUGAUCAUCCUCCCCUCCAUCAGCCCUUUCAACUCCAACAAAGUCGACAGCCCUGGAGACUUCGUGCCAGUGCGAGUGUUUUCCAGAACCCUCCACAACCACGCUGCAUCCCGAGUGGCUCCCGAUGUCACCCCAGGAUCUGAGGUCCCAGGACCUUGGCCCGACGUUGGUACCCCCCACAAAGGCCCUUCUUCCGGUGGCCUCAGUGCAGACUGGGGUAAUUUUCUGGAAAUUCCAAUGUUGGACAACCCAACAGAAGAGCUAGACAACUCCACCCUGGUGCUGGCCAACUCCACAGAGGACCUGGGACGGGCCACCCUGCUGGACUGGGUGGCUUCAGAACCACUGCUCAGCCCGGCCCGGGUUGGGCUGGAGAUGCCAGGGGAGAUGUGGCUGUCCUGGGUACCAAGGUGGCUUAGGGUCCGCGUGGUACAAGAUGCUUUGGGGGUGCUGUGACAGGCUGACUCAGACAGCCCUGGGGACGACAGCCUCCUGGAGAAGCUGACCCCCCAAGUCAGGGGGAAAUGGGAUUUCCAGGCACAGAGACAUGAAUGCCCUGGGGUAGAACAGGAACCAGAGUCCUUUACCCAUACAUGCAGACAGACUGACACGAACACCUGAACCCUACCCUCCAACCAUGGAGCUCCUACUCUCCCCUGACCACCAGGAAGAUGCAGAGCCUCUGGGACCUGGGCUUCCCAAAUCAAGGUUCAGCCCACAAACUUCCAUCUUCCUCUUUUGCAGAGAGGUCUUCCUCUUGUAGACCAGGCUGGUCUCAGAUUCACAGAGCUCUACCUGCCUCUGUCUCAAGUGCUAGGAUUAAAGGUGUGUGCACCACCUCCUUUUCUAAGACUGUGUGACCUUCAAUAAAGUAUUUUGACAAAACUG